AUGCCGGACAAUCGAAAGAAGCAGUUUGGGGGGAAUUUUCGCAAGAAAGCCAAGUUUGACAACAAGAAGAAGAAGAGCAGUGAACAUGAUGAAGUCUUGCUAGCGGAUGUGGAUGCACUUCUCAAGCGCAAUCGCCCCGAAGAGGACCAGUCCAACAUCGACAAUGACACGCCAGCUCCCACUCUUCCCGAGACUUUCACUGAGAUCGAAUUGACGGUAUCCGAUCUGUCCUCGACCGGAGAUGGUCUUGCGCUCUCCGAGAAUAAAGACCAUGUCUACGUUGUGCCCUUUACAGUUCCUGGCGACAAGGUGCGCGUGAAAGUCAUCCGCCACUGUCCCGAUCAGUCCUACACUGUCACCGAUUUCCUGAGUGUCAUUGAGCCAGGCCCGAAACGAAACGAUGCGCUUAUCAAGUGCCAAUACUUCUCAAAGUGCUCCGGGUGUCAAUUGCAGAUGAUGUCGUAUGAGGACCAGCUGGCGCAUAAGCGGCGCAUUGUGGAGAAGGCCUACGCCAACUUCUCUGGGUUGAUCCCGGAAUUGGUCCCUUCUAUCGGCGAAACAUUCCCCUCGCCCAUGCAAUACGGAUAUCGCACGAAGCUUACACCACACUUUGCCCAAGGAGGCGCAAAGAAGAAGUCGAAUGCCGAUCAAGAGGAAGUCAAGGUGCCCCCAAUUGGCUUCUGCUACAAGAACCGGAGAACGGAUAUGGAUAUCGAGGACUGCCCAUUGGGAACCGAUAUCGUGCGACGCGGUCUCAAGAGUGAGCGCAAACGUGUUGCUGAGAACAUUCGCUCUUAUAAGAGGGGCGCAACCCUCUUGAUGCGGGAAUCUACCUCUCGCAUUGCCAAGGAUGAAUCCGGGGCAGAGACUGGUGUCAAAGACGUUAAUGGACUGACAUCAACCGAGGGUGCCGAUACAGGCGACGUGAUUCGCACUGAUCGCGGCAGUUAUAUCGAGGAAAAGCGCUGUAUCACCGACAACAAUGCUACGACAGUCGAGUACGUCGAUGACUUCAUUUUCAGCAACAAGGCCGGUGCCUUCUUCCAGAACAACAAUUCCAUUCUCUCCGGAUUUACCGAGUUCAUCCGUUCUCACGCUCUCCCUCCCAACAAUGAUCAAGAUUCUACCCCCAUCAAGUACCUUCUCGACGCCUACUCGGGUUCUGGUCUGUUCACAAUCACUCUGUCAACCAUCUUCAAGUCCAGUCUCGGUGUUGAUGUCGCUGGCGACUCCAUCGUCUCUGCUCGCGAAAACGCCAAGGCCAAUAAUUUGCCCAACACGGGCUUUGCCGCCGCGGAUGCCGCUGUCCUGUUCAAGGACGUCCCCUACCCACCUGACCAGACUCUGCUUGUCAUUGAUCCGCCUCGCAAGGGCUGCUCGGAGGACUUCCUCCAGCAACUCCUUGAAUUCAAGCCUCGUCGAGUUGUCUACGUCAGUUGCAAUGUCCAUACCCAGGCUCGGGAUGUGGCCGUCAUGGUGCAAGGUGACGAGAAGCAGAACGUGCGAUACGAGAUUGAGAGCAUUCGUGGAUUUGAUUUCUUCCCGCAGACCGGCCAUGUGGAGGGUGUGGCCAUCUUGAACCGUACCUCUUUCCCUAAAGGUGACUCCAUUUGA